UUUUAAAGAUUGGGUUUGGUAGACCAAAAAGAGUGCGGCAGUUGGCAAGUGGUCAAAAUGUCACUCUUCUUCUCCCAACUGCUCUAUAAAAUGGUCAGAUUCUUGAAUGAUGGAGCCAUAAACAAAAAAAAUUCGAAGUCCUAGUGUAAAUCUCUGAUGGGUUCUUCCAUUGUUGGAGCUGAAUCAUCAACUUCUUCUUCUUCUAGUUUCAAGUGGAGUUUUGAUGUGUUUUUGAGUUUUAGGGGAGAUGAUACUCGUUCUAAUUUCACCGGUCAUCUUGACAUGGCCUUGCGUCAAAAGGGUGUCAAUGUCUUCAUAGACGACAUGCUCAAAAGGGGUGAGCAAAUUUCUGAAACCCUUUCCAAAGCUAUACAGGAAGCUUUGAUUUCUAUUGUUAUUUUCUCUCAAAAUUAUGCAUCUUCUUCAUGGUGUCUGGAUGAAUUGGUGAAAAUAGUUGAGUGUAAGAAAUCCAAGGGCCAGCUUGUUUUGCCAAUUUUCUACAAGGUGGAUCCUUCCGAUGUACGAAAACAAACUGGUUGCUUUGGAGAAGCAUUGGCCAAACAUCAGGCUAAUUUCAUGGAGAAGACUCAAAUAUGGAGGGAUGCUUUAACUACUGUUGCCAACUUCUCUGGUUGGGAUCUAGGAACUAGGAAGGAGGCUGAUUUUAUUCAAGACCUUGUUAAAGAAGUAUUGUCUAGAUUAAAUUGUGCCAACGGGCAGUUAUAUGUAGCUAAGUAUCCAGUUGGAAUUGAUUCUCAACUAGAAGAUAUGAAGUUACUCUCGCAUCAGAUACGAGAUGCGUUUGAUGGCGUUUACAUGAUGGGGAUAUACGGCAUUGGAGGCAUUGGUAAGACUACUUUGGCUAAAGCUUUGUACAAUAAAAUUGCUAACCAAUUUGAAGGUUUCUGCUUUCUAUCAAAUGUUAGAGAAACUUCAAAACAGUUCAAUGGACUCGUUCAACUACAGGAAAAACUACUCUAUGAAAUCUUAAAGUUUGAUUUGAAGAUUGGCAAUCUUGAUGAAGGAAUUAACAUCAUAAGAAGUAGAUUGCGUUCAAAGAAAGUUCUUAUAGUUCUUGAUGAUGUGGAUAAGCUCAAGCAAUUGGAAGCAUUGGUUGGUGAACGUGAUUGGUUUGGCCAUGGUAGUAAAAUCAUUGUGACAACAAGAAAUAGUCAUUUACUUUCUAGCCAUGAAUUUGAUGAAAAGUAUGGUGUUCGGGAAUUGAGUCAUGGUCAUUCCCUUGAACUUUUUAGUUGGCAUGCUUUUAAGAAAAGUCAUCCAUCAAGUAAUUACUUAGACCUUUCAAAACGUGCGACAAAUUAUUGUAAAGGUCAUCCUUUGGCCCUUGUUGUUUUGGGUUCUUUCCUUUGUACCCGAGACCAAAUAAAAUGGAGAACUAUAUUAGAUGAAUUUGAGAACUCUUUGAGUGAAGACAUUGAACAUAUUAUUCAAAUCAGUUUUGAUGGGCUUGAAGAAAAAAUAAAGGAGAUCUUCCUUGAUAUUUCUUGUUUGUUUGUGGGAGAGAAAGUUAAUUAUGUUAAGAGUGUGUUAAAUACGUGUCAUUUCAGCCUAGAUUUUGGAAUCAUAGUUCUCAUGGAUCUUUCACUUAUUACGGUUGAAAAUGAAGAGGUUCAAAUGCAUGAUUUAAUUCGACAAAUGGGCCAGAAAAUAGUUAAUGGUGAAUCUUUUGAGCCCGGGAAAAGGAGUAGGUUGUGGUUGGUACAUGAUGUUUUGAAGGUGUUUGCUGAUAAUUCGGGAACGAUUGCAGUUAAAGCCAUAAAGUUAGACUUGUCUAAUCCCACGAGGCUAGACGUGGAUUCACGAGCUUUUAGGAACAUGAAGAAUCUGAGGUUGCUUAUUGUUCGAAAUGCAAGAUUUUCGACAAAUGUUGAGUAUCUACCUGAUAACUUGAAGUGGAUUAAGUGGCAUGGCUUUUCUCAUCGAUUUUUGCCACUGUCCUUCCUUAAGAAAAAUCUUGUAGGACUAGAUUUGCGUCAUAGCUUGAUCAGAAAUUUGGGCAAAGGAUUUAAGGAUUGUAAAAGGUUGAAGCAUGUUGAUCUUAGUUACUCUUCUUUAUUAGAGAAGAUUCCCGACUUCCCUGCAACAUCAAAUCUUGAAGAAUUAUAUCUUAACAACUGCACAAAUUUAAGAACAAUUCCUAAGUCAGUUGUUUCUCUUGGUAAGCUUCUUACUUUAGACCUUGAUCAUUGUUCAAACCUUAUAAAGCUUCCAAGCUACCUCAUGCUGAAGUCUCUUAAAGUUUUGAAGCUUGCUUACUGCAAAAAACUUGAGAAACUUCCAGACUUCUCUACAGCUUCAAACCUUGAAAAGUUGUACCUCAAAGAAUGCACAAAUUUAAGAAUGAUUCAUGAUUCUAUUGGAUCUCUGAGUAAGCUUGUUACCUUGGACCUUGGAAAAUGCUCUAACCUUGAAAAGCUUCCAAGCUACCUCACAUUAAAGUCUCUUGAAUAUUUGAAUCUUGCUCAUUGCAAAAAGCUUGAGGAAAUUCCCGACUUCUCUUCUGCAUUAAACCUUAAAAGCUUAUAUCUUGAACAAUGCACAAAUUUAAGAGUAAUUCAUGAGUCUAUUGGAUCUUUGAAUAGUCUUGUUACCUUGGACCUUAGACAAUGCACUAACCUUGAAAAGCUUCCAAGCUACCUCAAGUUGAAGUCUCUUAGACAUUUCGAACUCUCUGGCUGCCACAAGCUCGAAAUGUUUCCAAAAAUUGCUGAAAACAUGAAAUCUUUAAUUUCAUUGCAUUUGGAUUCUACUGCCAUAAGGGAGCUACCUUCAUCAAUUGGAUACCUUACUGCGCUUUUGGUAUUAAACCUUCACGGUUGCACAAAUCUCAUCUCCCUUCCUAGUACAAUUUAUUUGUUAAAGAGCCUUAAGCAUCUUUAUCUUGGUGGGUGUUCUAGAUUUCAAUUGUUUUCCCGUAAAUGGGACCCAACCGCCCAUCCACUAUGCUCUUUUUCAAAAAUUAUGGAUACUUCAUCGAGUUCAGAAUUUCCCCAUUUACUUGUCCCAAAAGAAAGCUUAUGUUCCAAGUUCACCAUGUUGGAUCUUCAAUGUUGCAAUAUAUCAAAUGUAGAUUUUUUGGAAAUUUUAUGUAAUGUCGCCCCUUUCUUAUCUAGUAUACUUUUGUCGGAAAACAAAUUCUCUAGUCUACCACCAUGUCUUCAUAAGUUUAUGUCCUUGUGGAAUCUCCAAUUAAGGAAUUGCAAGUUCCUUCAAGAAAUUCCUAACCUCCCUCAUUGUAUACAAAAAAUGGAUGCCACUGGUUGCACAUUGUUGGGUAGAAGUCCAGACAACAUCAUGGACAUAAUAUCGAGCAAGCAGGACGUUGCACUCGGUGACUUUACAAGAGAGUUUAUUCUAAUGAAUACUGGGAUUCCAGAAUGGUUCAGCUAUCAGUCAAUAUCAAAUUCAAUAAGGGUUAGCUUUCGACACGAUCUCAAUAUGGAACGAAUUUUGGCUACAUAUGCUACUUUGCAAGUGGUUGGAGAUUCAUAUCAAGGAAUGGCCUUAGUUUCAUGUAAAAUAUUCAUUGGCUACAGACUCCAAAGUUGUUUUAUGAGAAAAUUUCCAUCAUCAACAUCAGAAUAUACAUGGUUAGUAACAACUUCUUCUCCAACAUUUAGCACUUCCUUGGAGAUGAAUGAGUGGAAUCAUGUCACAGUCUGGUUUGAGGUUGUGAAAUGUUCUGAGGCCACCGUAACUAUAAAAUGCUGUGGUGUCCAUCUCACUGAAGAGGUCCAUGGAAUACAAAAUGAUGUCAAGGGGCCAGGGGUAGUUUAUACAGUUUUCGAUCAACUGGACAAAUUACCGAGCCGGGAUGUUAUAAAAUCCUUUGGUCAAGAAGUAUCUGCCAAAUCAGAUUGCAAUGCAAUGUUGCAUGCAGAAAAUUUUCCAGUUUGGAACGAUUCGAAAAUGCAACAACAUAUGAAUUUUCCCUUACAUGUAACUUCUCAAGGUGUUACAAGGAUACGUGGUAUGGAAGGCAUGGCAGAGACAACACUUGCCAACUCUAUAUGUAACAAAUAUGAAAGAAGUCGGAAUCUUUUCUCUGCAAAAAAAGCUUUGAAUCAUUCUACUGGCUUUCUUUGUGGAGAUGGAAAUGGGCUUUCUUGGGAAAUGGUAGACAGACCGAUAUUAAGUGAUAGAUUGUCUUCCCAAAAAUAUCUUAGAAUUUUCGACGAUCGUGAUCGAUAUGGAGACCUAAAUGAUGUGGCUCAUGGGACUGGUAAUAGGUUUCGUUCAAGAUUUUUAAGGAUGGAUGAUAUAAAAGAAGAUGAUAUCAGAGAAGAGCCUUAUUGGAAGUACAUGGAAAGGUUAUUCCAAACAGAUCCUAUAUCAUGACAAGGAAGUGGUUGAACAUAAAGGCAGGAACGAGGCUGAGAUUAUUCAACAGAUUGUUAAAAAAGUAAAUGGACAAGUUAAGUCGUCCAACAUUGUUAGAGGUAGCUAAAUAUCCAGUUGGAAUCGAAGAUCAAAGUUACAAAUUUAGUUUCCCUUGUUAUGUCUGAUGUUGUUACAAUGCUAGGAAUAUAUGGCAUUGGAGGCAUUGGUAAGACAACUUUGGCCAAAGCUUUAUACAACAAAAUUGCCAGUCAAUUUGAAGGUUGCAGCUUUGUUGCAAAUGUCAGAGAAGCUUGAAAGCAGUUUAAUGGCCUUCAAAAUCUGCAAGAAAUGCUACUCUCUUAGAUCUUGAUGGGUGACUUCAUCAAGAUUGGCAAUCUUGUUUAUGGAAACACCAACAUUAUAAGGGAUAGAUUACACUCAAAAAGAAUUCUUCUAGUUCUUGAUGAUAUUGAUGACUACAAGCAGCUGGAAAUAUAUUUGGCUGGUAAGCUUCAUUUGUUUGGUCAUGGAAGUAAGAUCAUUGUAACAACGAGAGACACAUAUUUGAUUUCCAAAUUCGACAAACUGUAUCUUCUCCAAGGAUUGAGCUGUGACAAAGCCCUUGAGAUUUUUAGUUGGCAUGCUUUUAAGAAAAUUAUCAGUGUAAUAUAAUAUACCAAGAGACUAUUUAGACCUUUCGAAACAAGCAGUAGAUUAUUGUAAAGGUCUUCCUUUGGGUCUUGAGGUAUUGGAUUCUUUCCUUUACAACAGAGAUCAAUCUAAAUGCAAAAGUGUAUUGGAUUCAUAUGAGAAA